CAACAGUCAAGCGUUGGCAACGAACAGAAACACACGCGAAGUUGAAAGAAACUCCGAACGAAAAACGGCAAAAAUAUAAAUAUAGAAACAGUGCAAGCAAACAACGUGCAAAACAAGUGAUUUCACAGUAAAAAAAAAAAAUCAGAAAAACAAAAGCAAAAACAAAUAUACUAGUAUUGACAUUUGGUGUACGUGUCAAGAAUUAAAGCAGAAAGUUUAUUGUGUAUUUGAUACACAUACAUACAUACAUAUAUUUAAAAAAUAAGUCAAGUGUUGAAGUUCAAGAAUUCGCCAGUAAUUAAGUAAUUGAAACACCCCAAAAACAACAACAGUAACAAGUUAACUAAUCAGCUCACCAUUGCGAUGGAAAAAUCAGGUCCACCUGUCAAUUAUCCGCGUAUGCCCGCCGAGAUGCAGGAGGCUACACACAGCGGCUACGUCGAUCAGGCACCGGCCGCACCGCCGUCCUACGAACAGGCCAUGCACACCGCUCCCUAUCCACCGGUGCAGGUGUUGCCCACACCGAGCAGCACUUCCGACGCCGCCAACCGCCCGCCCACACAGCAACAACAGUCGGCACAAGCACGCACAAAUAAAGCAACAACAACUACUGGUGGUUUUGGCGCUGGCGCACAACACACCUAUGGUGGCAGCACACAGUAUGGCGCCACCAGCAUGGGUGGCGCUGGCGGGGGCGGCGGUGUACCGCCACCACAUCACGCUUACAUGCCCAGCGCGUCAGGCACGACGCAGCCGAUGGUACAACAACCUGUUGUAAUCAUACAACAACAAGCAAUUUUGCCCUUGGGGCCGGAACCUACAUUCAUCACAUGUCCAGGCUGUCACGUUACAAAACUGACACGCAUCGGCUAUGAACCGAAUGCCAGGACACAUUUAAUGGCGGCGAUACUGUGUAUUGUGGGCUUAUGGUGUUGCGUCUGUUUGCCCUACUGUGCGGAGAGUUGCAUGAGCACCAACCAUUACUGUGGUAAUUGCAAUAAAUAUCUGGGCACCUACAAUGGCGGCGGGUUCUGAUGGGCUGGAGUUGCAAGUAAGCGCACUCACAACAUACAUAUGUAUGUUGACCUUCGACACUCGCCACGAAGCUUUUUAAAACACUUUAUUAUAUACAUACAUACAUUUAUAUGUAGUACAGUAUAUAUGCAUAUUAAUUCAUUGUUAAACGUUGAA